GGGAAAAAAAUCACAAAAAAACUUUUCACUCCAAAUAAGACCCCAGAAUUGAAUAACUGUGAACCGUACCAGGCCAUGGAGGCAGAACGCUGUUUACCCUUCUGUUCUCCCAGCAGGACGACACCCGAAGCUUCCCCGGGUUUGGAUCACAACUCUGGGUCUUACCAAGCAAGUGAUGAACUUCAGAACCCUCAGCAUCCUCACCACCACCACCAGCACCGUCUCAGCCUCCGGGGCGACUUUUACAGCCCCGGCCGGAUCGGGAGGUUUCCAGACAGCACCGGUGAAUUUGCGCACAGCGCGCCCGCAGCUCCAGAUCCACGGGAUUCACCAGUGAAAAUACAGAGUAAAUAUUUGGAAAGUAUGAGCCAAGGCCAAAAGAGUCUAGCAGUUAGCGGAAAGCCGACCUUUUACGAGAGCAGCCCGGAAGCAGCUGGAGAGAAGCCUCUCUCCAAGCCCCUUGGAUUCCCCAUGCUGAAGGAGGCCUCCUCGGAGCUGGCGGGGGACUCAGACUCCAUCGACCUGUCCAGCAAGAACAAGAAGCGUCGGAACCGCACCACCUUCAGCACCUUCCAGCUGGAGGAGUUGGAGAAGGUUUUCCAGAAGACUCACUACCCAGAUGUGUACGCCCGAGAGCAGCUGGCCCUGCGCACUGAGCUCACGGAGGCACGCGUACAGGUCUGGUUCCAGAACCGGAGAGCGAAGUGGAGGAAACGGGAACGCUACGGGAAGAUCCAAGAAGUGCGGAACCAUUUUGCCGCCACCUACGACAUCUCCAUCCUUCCGCACUCUGAAGCCUACCCCCAGAUCCAGAAUAACCUGUGGCCGGGCACUGGCUCCGGCAGCCCUGCGGGAAGCUGUGUUUUGUCCCAUGACAGCAUGCCGUCCUCCUGCAUGACCCCCUACUCGCAUUCCCACGGGAACAUCCCCCCGGGGUUCAUGGGGAUCCCAGGCUCGCCCAGCCACCACCCGGGAAUCAACAGCCUCUACUCGCUGCACGGCUUUCCUGCCGGCCUGGGCGGCCACACCUUCGACCCCGCCCCCGAGUCCGAGUACAAGCCCGCCGGCCUCCUGGCUCUGCGCAUGAAGUCCAAAGAACCAGGCAGCCUGCUGUCCUGGACCACAUGACCAGCGGGAGCCAGGGACUAACACAACGGACACGGCUGAGGUCCUGCUGCCAGCGCAACGGCUGGGGAGUGUGAGGUCAUGCCUCGUUGCAGGGUGUACUACAGAACUCUAUCACCCUGCACCACCUGCUGGACGCUUCCCGCAUUACAGGUCACACCUGUAUCUCUUAAAUUGUGUUGAAAAGCCUCUACAGGCUGUCAAUGGAUUCACAUUGCUACCCCACGUUUUUAUAGGGGUGACCAGGAGGCUUGGGGCUAUUUAGAUAGCCCUUAUUUUUUAGACAGGACGCUCCGGUACUUUGCACUGCAAGCGGUCUGUAACCUGAGAGUUAUAGAAACAGCGAGUGCAGAAAAAGCAGUCAUUUCAAGCGGACAAUUUUUUUUUUUUUUUUACACAAUUGACUCUGUAGUAGAUGUGCAGUUUGCUUUAUAAAAAUCAGAACAGGUGCAGCUUAAACAUAUAUAUAUAUAAUCUAAAACUAAUGCAAAAUGUGACCAUUGUACCUUCAAAGGUGGUCAAAGGCAUGUUUAAAAAAAAAAAAAAAAAAAAAAAUUAAAUUUUAAACCGUUCCUCUUCCGGUAAAGAGGAUCUCCUUCAUCUUGAUCGCUUUUCUUUUGCUAUUAUUCGUAACGUUGUCGGACUGACCAGUUUAUGUGCAGCUUCCAUCUCUCUUGAAACCUGCCCGUCUUGUCAUGGUCUUGCUCCUACCCUACACGGUCCAGGUUCAUAAACAAGCUUGACUGGAAAUUAAGAAGCAGCAUGUGCGCAUCUCAUAUUGCAGGAAACAGUGCUGCUACCUUCUUAGUGCCCUUCAAUUUGAAGGCAGAUGCUAUUUCCAGUCGGAUUCUGACUGGCACUGAGGCAGCUGAUUCCGCUGCACAAAAUCUUAACAUAACCAGCCGUUGCACUUUCUCUACACUUAAAGUGAAUAAAGUAGAAGCAUUACUCUUUCUUCAGCCCUGAAGGUGUUGACCUACCGGCAGCAGUCUUUGAGGGCUCCUCACUGGCAGUAGAAUUUGUACUGGUAAUAGAAAACCCUGUAAAGACUGCAGCCAGGAGAUGUUAGGCUGGCACAGUAGUAACCACUUUGUGAGCUUAAAUGGCUGUGAUGAAUCCAGGCUGUUUAAAAAUGUAAUUACAGAAUUUUGCAUCAGCGCGCAGGCAGACUGUAGCCAGUGUUUUUAUCUAAAGCAUUUUGUUUUCCUGUCACUGUUUAUGGUGUAUGUAAAAAAUAAAAUAAAAGUACAAGUAUUAUUUAAAGUAUAUUGAUUGUGAAUAUAUUAGCCACACAUUUUGAUGUCAUGUAACAUUGUGUAAUUCAUGAUGAUGACCAAUAAACAUUUUCAAUUCUUCAUUACAGGGAA